UGAAUGGGAAUCAUGAAUUCCUUUGCGUUGUAUACAGUCGGUUUCGCGCGUGCAGCGCCCAGGGGCCGCGGGACCUGUGGGCACGUGUUUCGAUCUAGAGUGGGCGGUGAAGGCAAGAAUCCAAUGAGGGAACAUUUGCUCACAAGGCGGGGUAAUGUGCUGCUGAGUCAGAUCACUAUGCUGCACAGUCGGUUUGCCUGGUGGUCGAUAUCUCUCUAUCAGAGUAACUCCAUGACAAUGAAAGAUAGUCGGUAGACAAGGCUGGAAGCACU